AUGCCGCGUCUAGAAGAGUGGGAAAUCAAAAAGUAUUGGCAGAUCUUCUGUGGUUUGAAGCCCGAUGAUAACAGACUAAGCAAGGAGCAGCUUGACCCUGUUUUCAAGAACUCUCACUUACCGGAGGAAAUACUGUCGCAAAUAUGGGACUUGGCAGAUAUUGAUAAAGACCUGGAGUUGGAUUUCGAGGAAUUUUGCAUAGCAAUGAGGAUUAUUUUUGAUAUGGUGAACGGAAAUAUCAAAGUGGUUCCAGAAUCACUACCGGGAUGGCUUAUUCCUGGAUCUAAAAGAAGUUUAAUUGGAGGAGAUGAUAGUAGUGAUAGUGCUGCAAACAACGGCAGUGAUAGUGACGAUGAUGUCUCACUCAGCGAUGAUUUUGAUUGGUACAUAUCUCCCACGGACAAGUCAACCUAUGAGACUGUCUACAAUGCAUCGUGCGAUCGUUUUGGUCGAAUCAGCUUCAACUCGUUGAACGACUUAUACAAGACGUUGGAAAAAGUGCCAGCAACGGAUGCCUCAUCUGCUUGGAACCUUGUGAAUCCGAAACAGUCGGAAAAUAUUGAUAGGGAUCAGUGUAUGGUGUUUUUACAUAUUCUCAAUCAGAGAUCACAUGGGAGAAGGGUGCCUAGAUCAGUUCCCUCAUCAUUGAGAGCGACAUUUUCUAAAGAGCAGCCUGAAUAUGACAUUACGUCACACCAGGCAGAUGUUAAACCGCAAAAACCGAUUGUGAACGGACGUUUUGCCUCUUCAUAUUUGAAGAAAAUGGGAGUCUCCAGUGGCUCGAACACGGAUGAUCUUGAAAAUACAAACGACAAAGAUUGGGAAGAAGUGAAACUUAGAAGAGAACUUAAAGAACUUACGGACACUUUAGACAGAGUAGAGAAGGCCAAGAAAGGUAAGAGCAAUAAGCUCAGUAUGGCCAAAUAUGAGUAUGAGCAGUUGCUUAAGUAUAAAGAGAGUCAAUUGAAGGAGCUUGGGAAGAAUAGCGAUUUAAGGGUGGCCAGAGAGAGUAUUAAGGGGAUAGAAGGACAGAUUCAACAGUUAAAAGAGUUUUUUGAAGUUGAAAGGAAUGAGUUAAUAGAAGUAAACAAAUAA